UUCUCAGCAGGUUACCUCUCUGUAUUCAGAGGGCAAUCAUAGCUCCUCUCUGCUUUCAUCUUAGAGACAAACUCAUCUUUCAUUCUUCUCCUGCAAGACAGUUCAAUUCUCCUGCUUGUCCCACCUCUCCGUAUCUGUUUCCAUCUGAUUUCAUCUUCCUGAAGCACAAUUGACCAGAUUCACCGGUUUUUGUCCCAUGUGAAGUUCAUAAAAUAGAUUGGCCCGAAACUUCUUUUACAGAUCUACAAAGGAUAAGGAUAAGGAAUAACCUCUUAACAUUGCUAAGGGUGAAACAUGGCAUGUGGUGCUUGUGUUUUUCUUUCUGCUCUUAGAAGAUGAACAUGGCAAAAAUAAGAAAGAUGUUCUCAGGCAGGCAGGAGUCAGCUUUUCUCAUGAUUGUACCACAGAGGAAAAUCAAAUGAGACUUAAACUCCUAAGGCUGCUCUGGUAUAAAAUAUUUUUAGGUGUGAAAUAUUUUAAUUGAGAAGACAAAAAUCCCUAAAUCUGCAAGUUGGGAGAGCGGAGAUCCCAGUUCCUGAACCACUGGAAGUUUAUGCCAAGUGGAGACAUUAAGAACCAGGAAUCUGGGUAAUCUGAGUAAAGGAUUUGGCCUCAGGACAAGAUUUGGAGUGAGGCAAGAAAUCAAUCAGUAAGCCUGCUUGUUCAGGAGAGUGAGGGACAGCAAGGGUUAUACAGAGGGAGCCAAGAGCUGGGGAUGAAAGAAUAAUUAUCAAGAGCAAGAGACAAAUUACAUAGACCAGCAGCUGGCUACAAUCCCUUCUCAGCCAGUUCCAGGGAGCAAUAAGGUCCCCUCUGGAGCUUUUCUCCAGGCUAAACACCCCAGCUCCCUCAGCUGCUCCUCAUCAGACCUGUGCUCCAGCCCUUCACCAACUGCUGCCCUCCUCUGGACUUGCUCCACCACCCAUGACCCUGGGCAGGAAUGUGUUGCCAUUGCCCCUAUUCCUUUUGUACUAUGGCCACUAUUAGGUGAGAGUGGCACUGCUUAAAAAUAGGCCACAUUUCUGAAAGAAAUAGUUUUAAAGAAAAUGUUGAGAAGGUUUGUCAGUGUGCAUUGUCCUGUUUGAUUAUUCACAUGCUAACUGUAUUGUUCCUGCAGUAUCUUCAGCUUGAAGAUCAGUCAGAAUACAAAACUCUGCCUUCCCUGAGACAGUCAGACAGACAAACAGUGGAACAAAAAAUGCCAGUGAAAUGUUGUUUUCACAGGUCAAACGCUGGGGAAACCAUGGCCUGGUCUGAGUCUGUGGAUACAGUACUAUCCAAUAAAGAGGGCCUGGCAGCUUUUCGGACAUUUUUGAAGUCUGAAUUCAGUGAGGAGAAUGUGGAGUUCUGGCUAGCCUGUGAGGACUUCAAGAAAACCAAAUCCUCCACUAAGAUUGCGUUGAAAGCCCAGAAGAUUUAUUCUGACUUUAUACAAGCUGAUGCUCCAAAGGAGAUAAAUAUUGACUUCCAUACCAAAAAUGACAUCUCCCAGAACAUCUCUGAGCCCACCCUCAGCUGCUUUGAUGCUGCUCAGAGCUCAGUCUACUGUCUCAUGGCAAAGGACUCUUUUCCCAGGUUUCUGAGGUCAGAAGUGUACAAGGAACUGGUGAAGAAGCACCAGGACAGAAAUCAGAAGAGAUGGCUCCCGUUUCUGUGAGGAAAAACAUUGAGGCUUUAGGAAUUUAUAAUGUCUCCCAUUGCAAUUCAGUACAGAUAAUUAUUCAUUAUUAAAGGGAUUGCAGAAGCCACUUUCAAGAAUCACCUGUGCCAACUUGUUUUUAAGUACAAAUUGCACGUGAUGCUUUCUAAUAACAGUAGAGAAAUAUUCAAGAAGCAGGAUGGAAU